AUGGCUUCCAAUUCAGAUCAAGCUGCUUGUCAAUCGACAUCAUCCAAGAAGAAGUUUGUUUGUCAGUUUGGCCUACGGUCAUAUCACAAGGUUCGAGGCGAUCCGGUGAUCGAAGGUGUGUGUGCGUUUUUUGGUCGCCUUCUUCAGUGCUCAAGCCCCGUAACGCUACAAGUUUACGAAGAAGUUGCUGCCAUAAGAUUUGGUGGUUGGGAACCAGGAUCUGCCCCAUCAAAAGAGCUCCUUACUUUGGUGUCUUCCAGAAUGAAGACGCUGAAAAGUAAAGGCGAAAUAAAGGAGAGCGACAAUCCCGAAGUGCCAAAGCUGUUGCUGUUGAAGAAGGACAAGUAUUUUGAGGAAGCAGACAGGGUGAAGACAUGGUACUUCCUGAAGCGCUGGCGCUGUGACGAUCGUUGCGAUUUCUGUCGCAAUAAAAGGAAUGCUUUCCCUAAGUAUCUGGAUAACUUCAAUGUUGAUAUUGCCUCUCCUUUCCUUGGAGUUUUGGAAGAUAUGCUCGGAGAGCAUCAGAGAACCACAGACGAUAAAUCUGAUGUGGAUGACGCCGUUAGCAAAGAUAAUGACGAUGACGACACAGGAGAUGAUGACCUUUACACUGAGUGUUUCAUAUCCAAUAACAGCUUCUCGGGUAACACGGAUGAUGAUGAUGAUGAAUUUUCAGAUGUUUCAGAGUCAUAGUUCUCUUU